UUUUAUCGAUAACGUCUCGUCUGUUGUGUAUUUUGCGAGAAGUUUCGAUUUAUUUUCGUAGUGGUUUUUAAACAUUCUAAAUAAACAUUCAAUUUAUAUUCUUUUAAGAUGACUCGUCGGCUUCAAACGGUUGCUGCUGUAACAUGUAUGAAAUUAAUGUUAUUAGUAUUUAACGUUGUAUUUUGGGCUGCUGGAAUUAUUUUACUGGCUUUUGGACUAUGGAUGAAAAUCUCCCUGCACAACUUGAUGGAGCUGUCUGAUGCAUACAAUGAAACAAUUCCGUAUGUGUUCAUAGGAACAGGAGCCCUUAUUGUGAUGGCAGGAUUUUUUGCUUGCUGCUGUACUGUCAAAGGACAAUCUGUAUUACUCUACAUGCUUGCAAUAUUCCUGUCCGUGGUGCUUGUGCUCGAAAUAGUUGCUGGAGUGACAUCUUACAUAUACCGUGAUAGAAUCCGGCAAGGCUUUGAGACGGGGCUGAACAAGAGCAUCUCCCACUAUGGUCACGGUGGCAUCCGAGACAAAGACAUUGAUUUGCUCCAGUCAUACCUGAAAUGUUGUGGCGUAAACAGUUACAUAGAUUGGUACAGCAAGUGGAACAACGGAUCUGUUCCACUGAGCUGUUGUCGAGACAAGAGCCACUGCCACAAUGCUCCGUUGGAAGAUGAAGCGGAAAUAUAUACGUCCGGCUGCUACAGUAAUAUUGUUGAUUUUGUGAAUCACAAUCUGGGAAUUAUAUUUGGUGGGGCUUUGGUGCUCUCAGUUUUCCAGAUAUUUGGAAUCUGCCUGGCUGGUUGCCUUGGUAAAUACAUUGAAAAGGCUAAGUAUGAACCAGUGGCAUAAACUGCAUGAAUUUGCUGCAGAAAUCUCGCAAAACAUCCUUUUUGAUGUUCUAUCACAAUCUCUUUUUAAAAAUAUGCUUUUGAUGUUCUUGCUACACAAGAUUAGAAUCUUUAUGAGCAUUUAUUCUUUAUUCAAUUCUUUGCAUUUUACUAAACUUUUAUCCUGUUCUUAUUCCAAAUGUGAUAUUUGUGCUAUUGUCUGUCAAAGAACUUGUAUUUUACAAUUUAAAUUCCAUAUUGAAAAGAAAUGAAAAUAUAUUUUUAUGUGAUGUAAUUUUUAACAUUUUAUUUGCCUUAUUAUUCUCAAAUAGUUUAAAAAGUUUGAGUGAAAAUUUAUCUUCACCUAAAAACAUUGUUUGUAUGCAUUUAUUAAUAAUCUUUAUAAAGCGAUGUUUCUUCAUUUAUCUGUUUUUGUUGCAAAUGUAUCUGAGCAUGUGCUGUGUAAUGCAUGUUGAUCUCUAAGAAACAUACAUUUAACUAUCUGAAGCAACUAUGAAAGCAGCUGUAUGGUGUUUUUACAAGAAGAAUUUAAAAGAUUUGAACUUCUUUACCUGUAAAAAUUCAGAAUCAUUAUCAGCAUGAUUUCUAACACUUAUAAAUAAUUAAGUAAAGAAAUUAUAAAGCGCUAAAUGUGGAUAUUGCAGCUGCAUAGAAAGCUAAAUAUAAUUAGAAAGGUUUUUUUUUUCUGUCAGAAGGGGAAGGAAAUUAGUGGUAACAAAACUCAAUGCCAAAAUAUCUAGAAGAGGAAAAAAUAUUUUUGUAUGGGAUGGAAAUCAGAAUAAAAACUCUACACUUGAUAUUGUAAAUGAAGAAGAACAGUAUAAUUGAUAAAAUCCCAGAAACAAACUUUAAUACCAAAAAAAAAAAAAAAAAAGUUUACUUCUCAUGACCAAAUUAUAAAACUUUAUAGAGAUUGAAGACAAUGGAUAUAAGAACAAGUAAAUUUUGUACUAAGGUGGGCAGACAAUAUUUUAAAUACAACCAAACCUGUUUUUGUGCAUUUUUUUUUUUUUUUUUUGUGUGUGUGGUACAUGAAAAUUAUUUAUAAAACAAGUACGAGACAAUAUCUUCAAGUGACGACAGGGACAUCCGGAUGGGAAGUCACUGUGAAUUCCCAAAACUUUCCUUAUUCGGUCGGCAAAAUUAUCAUCACUUGGUUUAUUUUGAUUCCGUUUAAAUAUAACAUUUUGGGUUAUUUUCUAUGUGAGAUUUUUUUUUUAACUGUGUCGCGAAAAGUUUUUCUAGCUAUUUGUGAAGUUUCAAACAUUAAUUUUUAAUGCAAUUUUUUUUUAUGCGGUCCUUAUCCACCACAUAAAAACAGGUUUGGGUGUACUAAUAAUAUAGCAUAAAACUUACAAGUUUUAAUUGAUUGAAUUUAUAAUAUACUUUUAGUAAUCUUUUUUUCUUCAAAAUACUUUGUUUCGAUUAUACAUCAACUCAACACUUAAAGGGUUAUGAACAAGCAUUUUAUUUGAUAAUUUUUUUGAUUCAGUCUUAUUUCUUAGCAGUGCAUGAUUAUGUACAAUGUUGAUGUUUUUUCUGCAGCCAAUAAAUUUGUAGAAUGCAUCAAAUAGGUAAUUAAGUACAACUUUCAAAAACUUGACAAAGGUUUUAAAAUUGAAAUUUUUUUCCCCCGAUUAUACAACUUAUUGUUUUUGAGAGCCAGGAUGCCUCCAUCUGGGCUCUCUAAAUGUAACUGGGCAUCAAAACUACUGGUGCCAUUGAUGUCCGCCCAUGAAAGACUAGAUGCUGUAUCGGGGGGAUCACACGUCUGCAAAAUGUUUCAGAGCCUAACGCAGCCCAGAAGACACAAAAAUAAAUAAAUAAAUACUAUAGUUAUUUUUAUUACACUAUCAUUAUUUUUAAUCAUCAUCAUUAUUAUUGUUUUUGAAGUUUUAGCAGAACAAAAGCUGGGAAUUGCUACAUGAAUAAAAAUUGUUAAAUAUUUAUAGAUAGGUUAAUGGAGUUGAGUGCAAAGAAUUACUGUGUGUGCAUGAAUGGUGUUCUUAUGGGAAAAAAAAUUGAUGUUUGAUUCUGUGUGAGCGGAAUAUCACUUUUCUCUUUUCAUAGCUUACAGAUUAAAUGAUUAUGCUUGUUAUAUCUUUAGAAUAAAUAAAAUAAAUAUGCUGGUGAA